ACGAUAGACGCGCGCACGUCACGACACUCUCAGAUGCAGGGCAACGGGGCAGGCAACUCAUCCCAAACUGCCAGGAACAGGGUACAGUUGACCCUGGUCUGCCACCACGUGUGGAGGGCUGUUUCCCAGUGAGGAGGCCUUUCUAGGUGGUAGGAUGAGUGGAAAGAGCCUGCUGCUAAAGGUCAUUCUGCUUGGGGACGGAGGAGUGGGCAAGUCCUCAUUGAUGAACCGUUAUGUCACAGACCGCUUUGACUCCCAGUCCUUUCACACCAUCGGUGUGGAGUUUCUCAACCGGGAUCUGGAGGUUGACGGGCGCCUUGUCACUCUUCAGAUCUGGGACACAGCCGGUCAGGAGCGCUUCAAGUCCCUGCGCACGCCCUUUUACAGAGGCGCCGACUGCUGCCUGCUCACUUUCGCUGUGAAUGACCUGCAGAGCUUCCAGAACCUUGGCUGCUGGAAGAAGGAGUUUAUGUAUUACUCGGACGUUAAAGACCCGGAGCGGUUUCCUUUUGUGGUACUUGGCAAUAAGGUAGACAUGGAGCAGAGGGAGGUGGGGGAGGACGAAGCACGGGCGUGGUGUGAGGAGAAUGGAUGCUGUCCUUACUUUGAAACCAGUGCUAAGGAUGACACUAAUGUCACAGCUGCAUUUGAGGCAGCCGUCAGAGAGGUUCUGGCUGCUGAGGACCAGAUUGACCAUGCACUUCUGGGUAGUACUAUUGAUCUCCAUGGCAACCGCAAAUCCUCUCGUGCAUCUUGCUGCUGAUUGGUCAGAUGUGAAUCGACCGUGUCUUAAUUUCUCUGGCUUAAACUUGCCUGAGGCAGUUUUUAGAGCCAUUCAGAUAUUGUUUAUGGUACAUAUACUGUAGGUACAAGGUACUGAGCAGCAUUCACUAAAGAUAAUAUGGAUAAGAUACAGGUUCCGCAAGAAAGGUGGUGCGAAGGAUUCAGCUGGUGUCUAGAUUGUUGAAUUAUUGCUGUAACCAAGGUACAGGCACACUGCAACAGGCACACUCCUCUUUUGUGCCCUCUCUGCUUUCACUAGUGUUGCACAAGAACAUUUUACCUAGCCUCAGCUUUGUCUUCCUAUGCAGGGGUUUUUAAUCAAACAGUGCUUUGAAAGCAUUUGUUUUAAUUAGAAGAAUUACAAUUUCAGUUAAUACAGAGACCAGCUCUUGUGAAGAGCACAUUCUACCUUUGGCACAGCAACACAGCUGGUUUUGUAACUGCUUGACUUUCUAUCCACGAGUGGAUUUUACAAUAUUUUUAGAGAAGGAAUGAGUACAACAUGACCUUCUCUUUAUAUUAAAUAUGCUAGCAGUGACCAGUGUGACCUGAGGUACGAGGAAACGGGAUGAGUUCUGCAUAUAAAAGGAAGUUCUUGUUUGCCUUCCAUUGGAAGUGAAUUGUGAGUUUUAAUUUUGCAGCUUUGACUGUAAGCAUUGGGUACAGGCGGUAGUGGUGCUGUCAUGCAUUUGAUCAAUAGAUAUAUUACCACUGACUGCACUUCUGUGUUAGGAGUUGACUGAUAUAGUUUAUGCAGGAAAACAUAACACAAACAUUUCUAUCAUUUUGUCCACACUAUUUAUAUCAAUACAAGUCAACAUCUCCAAACACCACAUUCUCCAAAAUGGCCAUUAAAUUGAAUCAAUAACUCUGAAAACAACAUUAAUAAUAAAAUAAAUUAACAUUAAAGCUUCUGUGAAACAAGGAUUUAAUGAGCAACUGGUGUAUUAGCCUGCAUUAGUUGCAGCUAGAUGUUCCUAAUAGACUGCCAACUAAAUGUAUUUUUUUAUUUGCUUUUGGUGAGUACAGAGAGUGGUGGCUGCGUCAGAGCCAAAUUAGCACGUCAUUUAUGAUCAGUUGGAUAAAAAAAGAUUCUGAUAAUUGUGAAAUGCUAAAAUAUCCAUUCAUAUAACUGCACAGUACACAAGAGGCAUCAAGCCUACAACACGGGCAUCGGAUCAUAUUUAUUUGUCAUAAUUUAUGUAUAUGGCUCUGUUUACUAGUUUAAGUUUAUUGACUCUCAAAGUUCAGAAAUGACACUGCAGUUGUGGAUGAGCUCCUGUCUAGUUUUUUUCUGACAAGCAUCCAUUUACAUUUUACCAACAGAUAUUAGUCUUUCUUUGGUACCUACAUUAGUGUUCUGUGUGUAAUCAGGGGCAGGUUAAAGUCGGUGCAUCUGAUAUGCUGAGAAUAUUUAGAAUAAGUAUUCAUUUUCAGAACCAUGGUUGAUGUUACUGUCUUAUGUCUGUUUUACCGAUAGUGUAGCAGGACUUAACAUUGCAGUUGUUAAGCUCUGCCUAUUCCGAUGAGUUACAUGCACUUUGUGCUUUCAGUGUGGUCAUUUUAGGUCUCAGGUGAAUGUGAAGUAGCAUGAGCACAAGGAUAGCUAUGACUUAUGUGUCACUGUCACCUUUACUUUCUAUUCAUGCAGCAUUGUGUGAAACUUGCGACAUAGUAUUCUGAAAACUUGGAUGUGUACUUGUAUUCCUCUGAGCGGUACUUUACUUUUAUACCAGUGUUUUUACAGAAAGAAGAAUUUGAAUAAGUCCCUUUGGUUUGGUGGCUUUCAGUCAAAGAGCAGUGUUGUUUAUCUCUAAGGGAUUAGAAAAUAUGACUGAUCUUCAGUGCUUUGAGCUGAAUUUGAUACGGUUUUAAUAGAUUUUUUUCAGUAUUUCAGUUGCUGCUUGAAUAGCAUUUUAUGUUUCUGCACCAACCAAACCUGUUGCACAAAUACGAUAUUAUAUUUUCUGUCAUCUGAAUGCACAAAAUUGCUUCGGUUUUCAUGGUGGCCCCAUGUUCUCAUACCUUUUUUUUUGUCUGUUGUGUUGAUGUUUUUUGUGUUGAUUCUGAGAUCACAUUAUUUGCUUUUGAAACGAUCAUAUAUAUCAAUGUGUAUGCAGGUGAAUAUGAACAAACUAAUCCGGUACUGACAUAUUUGCAGAAAUUACAUGGUUCGAGUUCCUUGUUUUCAUGUAGGACUGUAAAUUCAUUGAUCUGUGUUUAUGUUCACUGAUGAAAGUGUUAUAAGAUGUGCUAGUGGUACUCACAGAUUACGAACGGUAGUUUAACUGUGAAAAGAGUUUGGCAUUUUAAGAGAACAGAGCUACAUAAUUCAAGUUAAAAAAAAAAAAAAUCAGGGCUGAAAGUUUGUCAGACUUAAUGCAGUCAAGAUUAAACAGAUUACUUUGUUCUCACUGUAAUGUUCAGAUAAUGUAGCCUACCACCGUGUUUACCUGAAAUCUAGAAUACUUGCGAAUGAGUGCAUACUGUAUUUACAAGCUGGCAUCAAAACGCUGCAGUAUAUUGCUCUCAUGCUGUCCAUGUCUUCUCUCACUGCAACCUAUUGUCAGUAUUUCUUUUUCUUUAAAUAAUGCUGUAAUAUUUAUGAAUGUAAAAGCUUAUUUCUUUGGCCUAUCCAUAUUAAUGGCUUAUGUCAGUUGCAAAGGGCAUUAAUUUUCUAAUUACGAACAAAAUGACAGUGAACGUCUGUCUCAUUUUGUGCUCAUCCCACGAGUGUGAUCCAGGUUGUGUGAACAACUGUGUGUUGAACUAAUCGACAACUUCUCGUACUCCUCUUUUUGCACUACAGAGGAUAAGACUGGUUGUGCCAACAUGCUGGCAAAGUGUUGAAUACCCUCCAGUGCUUGGCUUCAAAUAAAUCAUGCAACGUACCAAAACGAAA